AUGAAUGUACUUGGUUGCAGAUGGGUCUUCACAGUGAAGCUGAAUGCAGAUGGCUUGGUCAAUAAGCUUAAAGCAAGACUUGUUGCCAAAGGAUUUAAUCAAGAGGAAGGUGUAAACUUCAUGGAAACAUACAAUGCAGUUCAAAAGCUGAUCCAUCUCUAUUUGUCUUAUCAUCAUCAUGGUGAUACAUUGGUACUGCUAUUGUAUGUUGAUGAUAUUCUUCUCACAGGCUCAAACUCAUCGCUAUUCAAGUCUCUCAUUGAUGAGCUUAACAGUCGCUUCUCAAUGAAAGACUUAGGGAACCUUCAUUACUUCUUGGGUGUUCAAGCUCAGACUACACAAGCUGGACUCUUCUUGUGUCAUAAAAAGUACACUGAAGAGAUUCUUCAUCAUGCCAACAUGUCGGAGUGCAAUCAUGUACACACUCCACUUCCUUUGAGACUCGAUCAAGUAUAUGAAGACACUCGUCCUUUCUCUGAACCAAGCUACUUCUGGAGCCUUUCAGGGAAAUGA